AAUGUGUUUCCACGGAAUAAAGGGAAAUGCUAUUGUAUUUCGUCACGAAAGAAAAAGCAAAGAUUCUCAAAUAUCCUUGUGCACAACACACACAUUGUUGCAGUUCUGUUGCUCUGUUCAAUUCAAAAGUUGGCGGUUGUCAUAGAAUUGCUUUCAGAUCACCAACGCGGUGAUAGCAGCAGCGAUGUCUGGAUUCGAUUUAGUGGCAUUUGAGAACGUGAAGCCUUAUUUUGUCAUAAAUGAGGAUUUAGUUGUGGUCUACGCCGUGGACAAAAAGGUUAGGACAUCAACAAGAGACUGGAUUGGCCUGUUCAAGAAAGGCUGGUCAAAGCCAGAAGAGCUAAUUGUCUUUGAAUGGGCAACAGGUCAUGCUUCUGAAGAAGCUCUGCCAAGAAGAGCAGUAACAUUUUGUUCAAAGGACUUUAGGAGCAGAAUAAACCCAAAUGAUCAGUACCAGUUUGCUUAUGUCAGCAAGCUUCAUCAGAUUCUUGGGAGGUCCAAGUUCUUCUUAUUCAUUACAGAUGUGAUACAUCAAAUUCAUCAAAACUAUCUGAGUGAGAAUGUUUCCAGCGUAGAGAUGGAUGACGAAGACAGUGACUGGCUACAUGUAUCACAGGUACAUUCACAAGCAACCAAGAGAGUAAAUGCAGUAUCAGGACUGGCAGGUGCAUUACCACACCUCGAUGUACCACCAAACUGUACACCUGCUCCCAAGAAGUAUUCCACAUGCAAUUGGUCAACAGGCCACGUCACUAUAAAUCAUCAUCUUUCAGAGCAUGUCAGUCCCAGUAAAACAAAUGCCUUAAGAGUAGCUCCAGCUCCAUGUGUAGUGGAUACAUUAGCACAUCCUGACCUCCCACCAAACUUCAAUCGUAAGAAAUCUGCUGACAAGAAGUGUCCCACCUGCAACUGCCCAUCAGACUACGUGAUCGCAAAUAAUCGUCUUACUGAAAAGGCUGUUUCACAGGCACAACUAAUCCGUUCCCUAGAGUCAAAACUAACAGCGCUGCAAAGUGAACUGGAAUUGUGUCACGCUUCACAGCAGCAGUUGAAGAUAAAAGCAGACAUGGCAUGUAGAGAGAGAGAAAAUUAUUGUUCCUUUAUUGGACAGUUUCUUGAAUCUCUCAAGAGGAAAGGACAGCUUAAAGUUGUGGAUUCAGAAGGUAAUACGAUAAUGGUAAAAAAUGUUUCCCCACAAGUGAAGGAUGGCCAAACCACUGCCAGAAACCAAAGCUAUGCCUCAUCAGUUGGUGCUCCACAGUGUCCCUUUGUAAGUGCAGCAGGUGAUACACAGCAGCGUCGCAGGCAAGAACUUGCAGCAGAGCUGAAACAGGUUUGUCGCAAGUACUGUGAGGAAACAGAUAGUGUACAGAUAGGCAGCACAGACAUGUCAGCAGAAGACACUGCAGGGCAGCUCCACUCCAGUCCUGCAGUUAAUGCUGCCAAUAAAGAAUUAAGCCAAGAUGACCCUGCUCAGCUGCCAUGUGUAGAUGCGAGUGAACAGCUGGAAAAUGGUAAAGAAUUAGUUAGUAAUGAGCCUACAGAAGAUGAGGUCAGCAGUGAGCUUGAGGAACUCUUUCGCCACACCUCACUGUCAUGAAAACAAUAUUAAGAAGAGCGGCAGCAACUGCUAUAAAUUAAUGUAGGAUAAGUUUUUCUGUGUAACACGCGAUCUAGUGUCAGUGUCCUAAUUUAAACAUUUUAAUUAUUAGUGUGUAUUGUUCAGAGAACACUUCAUAUGAUUUUAUUAGUCAUGUCACUUUUAAUAAAUUAUGUCCUUUAGAUGUCCACCAUUGUUGGAGAUACGAUUUUUGGCACAAAACAGAGGUAUACCAUUGUGAAGAAAGUCACUUGUAAUGGGUUUUAUUUCUGCAUGAACUUUGUUUUUUUAAGUCCUCAAUACUUGUUGGUCUGUCAGCAUACACUUUUUGGUUGAAUGAUGCGGCCAGGUGAUGUUGUCAAAGUGGGAAAGAAGACUUUCUGGAAACAUGCUGCAUAAGGAUGUCACUAUGUUUUGACUGUGUGAGCUGUUGCAUCGUCCUGUUGAGGUUACAAUGAUCAUAUGUCACAUUUCCUCUAUUAUGAACUAUUACAAUGUGACAACGUGUAUAGCAGUGCUAUCUGUCAUUGUGCAGACAUGCCAAACCACACAGUGACUAUUGCACUAUGAAGUGGUCUUUCACACAUUUGAUGGUCAUUGUUCAGCACUCUGUACCUAUAGUUUUGUUUUUUCACAUACCUGAUAGACAAAAGUGAACUUCAUCAGAUAUCAGAAAAUUGUGGAGAAAAUCAGACUGGGAGUUGAUCAUCUCCCAAAGCUGUGUAUAGAACUUGUGAUGUGCUUGUUGAUCUCUUGGCAAUAACUGUUGCAUCAGUUUGAACUUGUGGAUGGAAAUAAGUGUACAGAUGCCGCAUACAUCACAAACUUUUCUCCGAGAUGAUAAAGGGCUUGCUGCUGUCUACUAAGUGAGUGCACUGAAAUUCUUUGAAAAGGAGUCGUUACUGUUACAGUGUUGUCUGGAAGGUGAACCAUUUGUUGUCUACCUGGUGGUGGCUUAUUUGUUGCAGAUGUUUUUGUUCUGAAACACUGAAACCAUCUUGUAAUCAGCUUCUGGGAUGGAACUUGACAGAUGGAAUGCAGUUUAGUAGGACACUGUUUCUGCUGCACUAUGUAUAAGAGUUUCUCUAUUUCAAAACUAACUUUACUUUUUUAUGAAUGUGAAAAGUUGGGGCACAGCAUUGUAUACAACUAGGGAAUAUUCUGGAGGUUGGGGGGUAAUGAUGUGAAUUACAUAACUGUACAUCUGAGUGAAGUAAGUUUGUGGCUCUUUACAGGGCAACCUACUACAUGUUUCAUUUUUGCAGUCUUUCCCAAAGCAUUAAUUAUCAAUAAGUUCAUAUAAGUAUGCACUUUAGAUAUCAUACAAAAAUAAUAUGUACCAAGGAAUGAAAUGUAGUUUUCUUUGACAGUGCACAACAAACACACUUACUGCUUAUCUUAGGCAAAAUACAACAAGUGUAACAGUUAAUUUAAGAAGAUUUAUCCAUGUCACUAACCUUCUUUGCUCGAAUAAUAUUUUCCAGUGGCUGAAAACUACUCUUUCUUGGUAUUGUACUGAAAUUUAUUCUUACAUUUUUUCCAUUAAUUGUUGUUUGUUUCUCAUUUGAAACAUAAUCCCAAUGACAUCAUCACCAUUUUUGUUACCUGCAACAGUUGGUAGCUCUGCCAUAUCACAGACACAAAUAGCACACAAACUGCCUUUUACUAUACAAUAAUUUUCAGAUGUUCUGUGCUGAGAAGGUCUACCUUUCACUUGCUUCCAGAAGCACUCAAAAUAAUAUGUUUCUUAAUAAUAUCCCACUACAUUGUAAUGGAUAAAUAUAUGCAAGGCCCAGUAGAUAUUAAAAUUAGUAUUAGUCUGAAUGCAUUUUGUCUUUAACUUUUUUAGGCCUAUGUUGAAGAGCACUCGUUCUUUCACUGAAACAAUCAGAUCACUAAUACAAGUAUUCUGCUUAUACAACUGAGUCAGUUUUUCCUGAAAGAUGUCUCUUCCACAGUUAUCUCUGUGAUGUAAUUGUAUAAGCCAAGUGUACUUUCUACCUUCUUUGUUCCCCCUUGUAAGCUAUGAACAUCAUAUCAUGUACCUGUAUGCAGAUUUCAGUCAGAGGACAAUUAUUUCUAUUGAGUGAAUUUUGAAAUCACAUAAUCAUGAAUUUUGCCUAAUUUAUUUAUUAACCAGCCUGUUAGUUACACUAAAUUGAUUUUCUCUAGUCUUUUUACUCCAUAUAAAUAUAUUAUGAUAAUAUUUGGUGAAAUCGAAAGGAUUAUGUUUUCUAUGGUUUUUAUCAGUCAAAAAUACUUCCACAGAUUUGAACUAAUGUCCUGAAUAAUUUAAUUGUUGUUAAUAAAGUGUAUCAGUAUACACUUUGUAAUGUUAAUUGUGUGACAAAUACAAGCUGAAAGCUAGGUGAGGACUGCAUCAUUGACCGAAAGUAUGGCUAAAAAGAGAGGCAAAGUAGAAGUUUAUGGCAGACUGAACUCCUCCAUGCCAUAAUAUUUGAAAUACUGCCUCACUUUAUAGAGCAGUAAUUCUCCACCCUAUUGUAUGUUUCCCAAUAAAAAUAAUAAUUACCUUUGUCUGGAAUAAGAAGAAUAUUUUACAGUGACCAACUGUCUACCUAAAAGCAUAAAUUCACACCCAUACACCCUACAGAAUGCAUACAAUAAAUCAUGUACAUUGCAAUUCUAAUUAUGAUACAACAUUUUAUGAAUUCAUUUGUAGAGCCCAACAUGUUCUACUUCACACUGCUCUGUAUAAGCAAAAUUCAUAAAUUUUAAUUUGGAAGAUUUGCCACAGGUACCGUACAGCCCAGGCUUGCCUCCUUUGAGCUGUUGACAGGAAAGUCAUCAGAUACAUAGGUUCCUAAAUUGUAAGAUAUUGAACGCUGGUGGCUGUUGGUGAAGCUGGACAAGAUUGUUUACAAUGUGGUCGUAGGUAGUAGGCAACCUAUUUGAUGGUGGGGAAAAAUACAUGGAACGUGAGUGAUUAAAUAGAGGUAUUGCAGCCACAAGAAGAAAUAAAGGUAUGUAAAAUUUGUCCUUGCAGUAUGGUGUAGCACUGUGUAAAGUAAAACUAUAUUAAGUAUUCUUGCACAGAUUUUAUGGUGAAGAGCAACUUAUGUAUUCCUCAGAUAACAUAUACAAGUAAAUAGAAACAUCAAAUGAAAUAACA